GCGCCUCCCCAGCCCCGGCGCCAGGUAGAGCGCCGGGAGCCCCGCUGCGGCCGGAGGGACCACCGAGGCUGGGUAGCGCAUCCCCCUUGCCUUCCUUGGGGACGAAUGGCUUCUGUGUCUGCCUGGGAUGAGGAGGAGGAUGGUGCCAUCUUUACUGUCACAAGCCGCCAAUAUCGGCCUCGUGAUCCUACGGCCCCCACACCUCCCCCACGCUCCUCCAGACGGCUCCGAGGUGGCACCUUGGUGGCCCUGGUCAGAUACCUGCUGGACCCCCGGAUGCCAGAGGCCGACAUGACCUUCGCGUCUGCCUUCCUGGCCACCCACCGGGCCUUUACCUCCACGCCUGCCCUGCUUGGGCUUGUGGCUGACAGGCUGGAGGCCCUGCAGUCCCUUCCAACCGAUGAGCUAGAGAGGACGACAGGGGUUGCCAUCUCUGUCCUGUCCACCUGGUUGGCCUCUCACCCUGAGGAUUUUGGCUCUGAGGUCAAGGGUCAGCUUGACCGGCUUGAGAGCUUCUUGCUUCGGACAGGGUACGCAGCAGGGGAGGGUGUUGGGGGGUGCGGUGCUGACCUCAUCCGCAACCUCCGGUCCCGGGUGGACUCCCAGGCCCCCGACUUUCCUAAGCCCCUGGCCCUCCCCGGCGACCCCCCUGCUGACCCCACGGAUGUCCUGGUGUUCCUCGCUGACCACUUGGCCGAGCAGCUGACCCUGCUAGAUGCGGAGCUGUUUCUCAAUCUGGUCCCCUCUCAGUGCUUGGGGGGCCUGUGGGGUCACAGAGACCGGCCGGGACAUUCCCAUCUCUGCCCGUCUGUUCGAGCCACCGUCACACAGUUCAACAAGGUGGCGGGGGCAGUGGUUAGCUCUGUUCUGGGUGCCAUCUCAACCGGAGAGGGGCCCGGGGAGGUGACCGUACGGCCACUCCGACCCCCACAGAGGGCCCGGCUCCUGGAAAAGUGGAUCCGUGUGGCAGAGGAGUGCCGGCUGCUGCGGAACUUCUCCUCCGUGUAUGCCGUGGUGUCGGCCCUGCAGUCCAGCCCCAUCCACAGGCUUCGGGUAGCCUGGGGCGAAGCAGCCAGGGACAGCCUCAGAGUCUUUUCCAGCCUCUGCCAGAUUUUCUCGGAGGAGGAUAAUUACUCCCAGAGCCGGGAGCUCCUCCUGCAGGAGGGGAAUCUGGAGCCAAACUCCAAGAAGGCCCCAAAGCCUGGCUCCCGGGGCGGGGGAGUGGUCCCCUACCUCGGCACCUUCCUCAAAGACCUGGUGAUGCUGGACGCAGCCUCCAAGGAUGAGCUGGAGAAUGGCUACAUCAACUUUGACAAACGGAGGAAGGAAUUUGCUGUCCUUUCCGAGCUGCGGCGGCUGCAGAACGAAUGUCGUGGCUAUGACCUGCGACCUGACCCUGACAUCCAGCAGUGGCUCCAAGGGCUCCGGCCGCUGACUGAGGCUCAGAGCCACCGCGUGUCCUGUGAGGUGGAGCCGCCUGGUACCAGUGACUCCCCAGCCCCACGGGUGCUCCGGCCAACGCUGGUCAUCUCACAGUGGACAGAGGUGCUCAGCUCCGUUGGGGGGCCCACCCACCUUGUGUCCUGGGACCAGCCCAGUGUGGGGGGAGAUGAGGUGUCCGGAACCCCUGCGCCUCUGCUGACCCGGCUGGCCCAGCACAUGAAGUGGCCGUCGGUCUCAUCUCUGGACUCUGCCCUGGAGGGCAGCCCCUCCUUGCACAGUCCGGCCGACCCCCGCCACCUGUCUCCCCCAGCCUCCUCCCCCAGGCCUAACCGAGGUCACCGCCGCUCCGCCUCCUGUGGCUCCCCACUGAGUGGGACCCCGGGGGAAGGGGUCUCCCUGGGGACGGGGUCUGGGGCAGGGGCAUCUGGGCCAGGGGCCUCUGACUGCCGAAUCAUCCGGGUGCAGAUGGAGCUGGGGGAGGACGGCAGCGUCUACAAGAGCAUCUUGGUGACGAGCCAGGACAAAGCUCCAAGUGUUAUCAGUCGUGUCCUUAAGAAAAACAAUCGUGAUUCUUCGGUGGCUUCAGAUUUUGAGCUGGUCCAGCUGCUACCGGGGGAGCGAGAGCUGACCAUCCCGCCCUCUGCCAACGUCUUCUAUGCCAUGGACGGGGUGUCCCAUGAUUUCCUCCUUCGGCGGCGGCGAAGGCCCUCGGUGGCCACACGGGGCUCUGCCAGCGGCCCCUCUGCCUCAGGAACUCCCCCGAGCGAGGGAGGAGGGGGCUCCUUUCCCAGGAUCAAGGCCACAGGGAGGAAGAUCGCGCGGGCACUGUUCUGAGGAGGAAGGCCUGUUGGUCAUGGUGCUCAUAGCAGUUGUGGGUGGCCAGCGUGAACGGCGGCCGUUACAUCACACUGGACAGAAAUCCCACAAGGUGAUCGGCCACCUGGGGCGGUGAGGUGCCACUUGUUUACCAGACCACCAAGGAAUCCAGCUUCGGGGGAGCUGGGAAUCUUGAAACUGCGUUGGAGAUCUGUGUACAGCUCCCCACGUCUCAUGAGGCACGUGCACCUGGCUCGUGCUGGGUAGACUCGUUUCUGGGUCCUGCCACACCCCGGCAUGGACAGGGCCAAGGGAUGGCCUCGAGGUGCUGAGCCCCAGGGCAGAGGGGGAGGGCAGGAAGCUCCUUGCCCACUCCGGGGGGUUCCUGUCACUGUGACAACACUAAGGUAAUAAACCAAAACACUACCUGA